AUGGUGAAGACUGAAGAUAUUGUCGAACUGUGGACUGCGUGGACUCUGCCACUCUGGAGGGAGGCUACCUACCUGCCCAGAUCGCUCUGCGCGAGUUUCAUGCUGAUGUUAGGACCAAAAAUUGUUCCCAUUUCAGCUUCCAAGGGAAGGAGUGAACAGGAUCAGAAGAGAGAAAUGGCGGGAGGAGGAAGACUUGUAUACGGGGAAGUGAUGGCAUUUUCAGCUAUGAUCAAGAGCUCUUCCUCGGCUAAGUUUCUCGGUACUCUGGAAAGUCGGUCUUCUGGGGGUCUUUGGAAGUUCAUCCCAGAUCAUGGGAUACGCAGGCAUCAAUUACAGCUCUCCUACGCUUGCUUCAGCUAUAGGCAACCUCACUCCAGCUUUCACCUUCUUACUUGCUGUCAUUUGCAGACUCAAAUUAUGAAGGAGUACCCAGCUGAAGUCACGGUAGUCUUCUUCUACAACAUAGUUGUGUGCAUCAUAGCAGCAUUUGUUGCUCUUGUUACAGAAGGGACUUCUCCAACUGCCUGGAUAUUGAAGCCUAAUGUAGCGUUAGCAUCCGUGAUUUGCUCGGGAUUUGGAUCGUGCUUGAACAACAGUGUUCAUACAUGGGCACUGCGGAUCAAGGGACCUGUGUUUGUAGCAAUGUUUAAGCCGUUGUCCAUCGCCAUCGCUGUUGCUAUGGGCGUGAUGUUUCUGGGCGACACACUUUAUCUGGGAAGUGUGAUUGGGGCAGUAGUAAUAUCGAUUGGGUUUUACACUGUGAUGUGGGGAAAAGCUCAAGAGGAUGAUUUCACAGAGGCCUGCGUUACUGCUAGUUGCUGCAACCAGCAGCAGGAAACUCAUUACGCAGAGAAGGCUCCUCUGUUGCAGAGCUACAGAAGAAAUGCACAAGUUUAA